AUGGAGCCUUGGAGACUAACAGCUACCCAAGUCUUGGAAAAGCUUCGGCUCCAAGAACUAACCGUUGAACAAUACGCAUCAUCGCUCCUAGACCACAUCAGCCAGCGCGACGACCAUGUCAAGGCUUGGUCAUACCUCAACUCUCAAGCUGUCCUGGACCAAGCUAGAGAGUUGGACAGAGUUCCAUCAGGCAAACGAGGGCCCCUACAUGGUCUUCCUGUUGCAAUCAAGGAUAUCAUCUUGACUAAAGGCAUGCCGACUGAGCAUGGAUCGAAGAUAUAUAAGAAUGAUCAACCUGAAAUAGACGCUGGAUCUGUCAUGGUUCUUCGAAAAGCUGGGUGCCUCAUUUUCGGCAAAACUACAACAACCGAGUUUGCUUCCUCAUUCGUUGGACCAGCUACCAGAAAUGCCCAUAGCACUUCCCGCACGCCGGGAGGCUCCUCCGCCGGUUCAGCUGCCGCAGUCGCCGACUUCCAGAUCCCCAUCGCCGUAGGCUCGCAAACUAUGGGCUCCAUCGUACGACCAGCUUCGUUCAAUGGUAUCUAUGGUUUCAAACCGACCUUCAACGCCAUCACGCGGGAGGGGCAGAAGUUCUGUGCUCCUAGCUUCGACACAAUUGGAUUCUUUGCUCGUACUGUUGCGGAUUUCGAGAUACUAGCUGAUGUAUUUGAUCUACAUGACGAUGAGCAGAGUACCUUUGCAGACAUCAGGGGCUCCAAAUUUGCAGUGUGUACAACGGCGCAAUGGGAGUCCGCAGAUGAGGGAACUAUUGAAGCUAUGGCGAAAGCUGUAGAGAUACUUAGAGCCCACGGUGCUGACGUCGAGGAGCUUGAACUCGGUCCUGACUUUGGUCCCGUUGUUUCUUGGCACUCGCAUAUCACAAGCAUCGAAGGAGGAACAAGCUUCUUACCUGAAUAUCGACAUUCCAAAGACCAGCUUGAUCAGAGAUUAGCUGGAUGGGUGGAAAACAAGUACAAAUCCUCUCGUCGAGCGAAACUCGACGCGUACAAUGGGCUUGCUGCGCUUCGUCCAUGCUUUGACGAGAUUGCAGAUGAGUAUGUCGCGGUCUUGGUCCCCAGUGUGGUUGGAGAAGCACCAGAGGGACUUGGGAACACAGGUGAUCCUAUUUUUGCGUCGACGUGGACUGCCUUGCAUGUGCCAGUGGUCAAUAUCCCCGGCUUCAGCGGGGAGACCGGCAUGCCAAUCGGCGUGUCUUUGGUAGCUGCCAGGCUCCGUGAUCGCCAUCUGCUCAAGGUGAGUGAGGCAGUUGGUCGCAUAUUCGAGGCCGAAGGUGGAUGGAAUCGAGAGUCUACAUGA